AUGACGCGUGCAGCAGAACUUGCCAGCAGCCGAGAAGGCCUCCUUGACCAUGAAGCUGCCAGGCCUUAUCGCCGUUCACUUGGUAGCGACCGUUCCUCAUCCGAGCUGGAUCUUGACGAGCUACCACCGCCGCGGUCAAGAGGUGGAUGGUCACCAUCACCAUCAAGAGGAAAGAAAAGCAAUAAGGAAAAGGAAAAGGGAUACCCGGGACUGCCCAAGGCAAAGAGGAAGGGAGGAUUGCUCCGGAAGACAACAUGUCUGCUGAUCAUGUCGAUACUGUUAGGGGGGCUGCUAGGUCUGAUAGCAAUGGCGAUAUGGGUAUGGAGAAAAGCCAUCCCGCUAGAUGGGCAGUCACCGCCCUGGUACCCGUCGCCAAAGGGGGGGACCCUAGCACCUUGGGAGGAAAGUUACAAGAAAGCGGCUGCUAUGGUCAGCAAGAUGUCACUACCCGAGAAGGUGAAUAUCACGACAGGGACUGGCUGGUCACAGGACUUGUGUGUUGGCAAUACUGCACCUGCGAACGGCGUGGGCUUCCCUCCGCUUUGUCUACAAGACGGACCCCUCGGUAUCCGUCUCGCAGACCACGCCACUGCUUGGCCAGCCGGUAUCACCGUCGGAGCCACAUGGAACAAAGACUUGAUCUACAAAAGAGGAAGAGCGCUAGGUCUUGAGCAUCGGCUAAAAGGCGUGAAUGUGUUGCUGGGGCCCUCGAUGGGACCACUAGGACGAAUGCCCGCUGGCGGGAGAAAUUGGGAAGGCUUUGGUUCGGACCCCGUGCUGCAAGGCAUUGCGUCUGCCCAGACUAUCAAGGGUAUCCAAGAUGAAGGAGUAAUGGCCACGGCAAAACACUACGUCGCGAACGAGCAGGAGCAUUUCCGACAGGCUAACGAGUGGUUGACGCCGCACGCCAUAUCCUCCAACAUUGAUGACCGAGCUUUGCACGAAGUAUACUUGUGGCCCUUUGCCGACAGCAUUAGAGUUGGUGUUGCAAGCGUAAUGUGCAGCUACAAUAUGGUCAACAAUUCUUAUGCUUGUGGGAACAGCAAGCUGUUGAACGGCAUACUAAAGGAUGAACUGGGCUUCCAAGGGUUCGUGCAGUCCGAUUGGUUAGCUCAACGAAGCGGAGUAGCCAGUGCCUUAGCCGGUCUUGAUAUGACGAUGCCUGGAGAUGGUCUCUAUUGGAUGGACGGAGAUUCUUUAUUUGGUCCCCACCUCACUCGAUCGGUUCUCAACGGCUCUUUGCCCGUUGAGAGGUUGGAUGACAUGGCUACACGUGUUGUGGCUGCCUGGUAUCAACUCGGCCAAGACGACAAGGCCCGCUGGCCGAAUCUUCCUCCUGAAGGUGAUGGUAGACCAAACUUCUCAUCUUGGACAAAUGACAAGGUCGGAAAGAUCCACCCUGGUAGCGAUGAUCCCACGACAGCGGUGGUCAAUCAAUUCAUCGAUGUUCAGGGGCAAGGCAAGGACUUUCACGGGCGUCUGGCUCAACAAGUCGCCGCCGAGGGCACUAUCCUCGUCAAGAAUGAGAACAACGUCUUGCCACUAGAUCCUAAAGGCUGGACUGACCAGUAUCAGCCCCACGGUACUGGUAAGUACAAGGUCGGAGUCUUCGGCGAAGACGCAGGAUCUAAUCCAAAUGGGCCUAAUGAUUGUCCCGACCGGGCCUGUAAUGUCGGUACUCUAGCUUCGGGGUGGGGCAGCGGUGCCGUGGAAUUCCCAUAUCUAGUUCCACCAAUCGAAGCAUUGGAAUCCACCUUCGACCUUGGCUCUGUUGAUAUUACGGCGACAUUGACAAAUGACCUGCCCAAGAAUUGGCACUCCGGUCAAGACCUUUGUUUAGUGUUUAUCAAUUCAGAUGCAGGUGAAGGCUACAUCCAAUGGAACGGGAUCACGGACAGAAAUGACCUGUACCCUCAAAAAGGUGGAGAUGAACUUGUCAAGAAGGUCGCCACAGAGUGCUUGCAAACGGUUGUGGUUGUCCAUGCCGUCGGCCCUGUCGUUCUCGAACGUUGGAUCGAUCUUCCCAAUGUCAAAGCUGUCAUCCUUGCCAAUCUUCCCGGCGAAGAAAGCGGUAACGCCAUUGCCGACGUUCUGUUUGGCCGAGUGGACGCGAGUGGACGACUACCCUACACUGUGGGUAAAUCCAUGUCCGAGUACGGCCCUGGCGGACAGGUCAUGUACAAACCCAAUGGUCUCGCACCUCAGCAAGACUUUAAAGAAGGCCUGCUCAUUGACUACCGACAUUUCGACAAACAGUCCAUCACCCCACGCUACGAAUUCGGCUUCGGCCUCUCAUACACUACUUUUACAUUCUCAAACCUCGCUCUCACAACGCUGAAACCCAAAUCGCCCUUCCCUUCGCCGCGCCCUGAGGGAACAAUUCUACCUCCCACAUAUUCAACCGACAUCCCUGACCCAUCAUCUGCACUGUUCCCAAAAAUCUUCUGGAAGCUGCACAAACGCAUAUACCCCUACAUUGACUCUACUAAAGAAAUCAAAACCGGCUCUUACCCCUAUCCGACUGGUUACAACGACCAGCAAGUCCCGUCUCCCGCUGGCGGUGGCGAAGGCGGUAAUCCUUCCCUUUAUGAAGAACAUAUCUUAGUCUCGAUCGACUUGAAGAACACGGGCCCCCGCACGGGAAAGCAAGUCGUGCAGGUCUACGUCUCGUUCCCUGAAGAUGUGAUCGACUCUAGCACGGGAAGCAAAAUCGAGUUUCCCGUGAGAGUACUCAGGGGCUUUGAGAAAGUGGAGCUCGCUGCAGGAGACACGACGAGAGUGGAAGUCCGCCUAACAAGAAGGGACUUGAGCUAUUGGAGCGUCGGCUACCAGAAUUGGGUUAUUCCCGACGGUGAUAUUGUCGUCGCAGUUGGGGCGAGUUCGAGAGAUUUGCCGUUGAGCGGGACUUGGUAG